AUGCCGUCGCAGGAAGAAUACGAGGCGACGCUGGCAGAAGAGCUCGAAGUGCUCGAAAGCAUCUACAUCGACGAACUUGAAACGGUCUCAUCAGAACAUUUGCGCAUUCGCAUCGAGCCAGAGGAAGAUGUACUUCCGCUCCUUUUCUCCAUCGGUCUCGAACCAGGGCAAGCACCUACGGAAAGUGUAGAGCAAGGCUCACGCUCACCUAUCGUACUUUCCCUUGACAUUCAGUGCACGCCAGAAUAUCCAGAUGCACCCCCAAAUAUGUCGAUCCACGUCGUCCGCGACACAAAGGGUAUUCUUGGGCCCCAAACUGACGAAAGUGAAGAAAGCGGUACAGAAUCUGGCACAGUAGAACGGCCUUCCGUAGCAGAAUUGCAAGCAGAACUAGACGAGGUAGCACAGGAUUCGCUCGGCAUGGCCAUGGUCUUUACACUGGCGUCACACCUUCGCGAGAGUGUGACGACGCUUAUCCAGCGUCGCGUGCAGGAGAUUGAAGCGGCUGCAAGUGCAAAGCGAGAAGCAGAGAUUGAAGCCGAAGCUGAAAAAUUCCGAGGAACAGCAGUGACACCCGAACGAUUCGCCGAAUGGCGCCUCCGAUUUUUGCAGGAGAUGGCGGAAAAGGAGAAGAAGGAGGAAGAAGCCAAGAUGUCCAAAAUGUCGGCAAAGGAGAGAGAAGAUUACAAGAAGAGCAAGGUCAAGCCAAGCGGCAAACAGCUGUUCGAGAAGGGUGGCACGUUUGAAGACGACGAUGCUGCCGAGGAAGGUGCCCAAGAAGUCGACUGGAGCUUGUACACGAGAGAGCAGAGGGAGAAGGAGAGGAGAGAACGAGAAGAGCAAGAAGAACUGCAAAGUCGUACUGACGGACUUGCUUUUGACGACGCUGAGGAUGAGUAA